GCGGGACCUGAGGCAGUGUGUGUGUGAACUGUGGCCGCUGGCGGGGUCAGCGGGGAGCGGCGGAGCCGCCCGGGAAGGUCAAGCCAUGACUACAGGAGCGGUACAUGUGGACUCCAAGGCCGAGCUCACCACCCUGCUGGAGCAGUGGGAAAAGGAACAUGGCAGUGGGCAGGACAUGGUCCCCAUCCUUACCAGGAUGUCUGAAUUGAUUGAAAAAGAAACGGAGGAAUAUCGGAAAGGGGAUCCAGACCCAUUCGAUGAUAGACAUCCUGGUCGAGCUGAUCCAGAAUGUAUGCUGGGCCACUUGCUGAGAAUACUCUUCAAGAAUGAUGACUUCAUGAAUGCAUUGGUGAAUGCUUACGUGAUGACCAGCCGAGAGCCCCCUUUAAACACUGCGGCUUGUAGACUCCUGCUGGACAUCAUGCCGGGGCUGGAGACCGCUGUCGUCUUUCAAGAAAAGGAAGGAAUUGUUGAAAAUCUUUUUAAAUGGGCCCGAGAGGCUGAUCAGCCCCUGAGGACAUAUUCUACGGGACUGUUAGGAGGUGCCAUGGAAAAUCAAGACAUUGCUGCCAAUUACAGGGAUGAGAACUCACAACUGGUGGCGAUAGUGCUUCGAAGACUGAGGGAGCUUCAGCUUCAGGAAGUGGCCUUGCGGCAAGAAAACAAGCGCCCCAGCCCACGAAAGCUCUCCUCGGAACCGCUUUUGCCUCUGGAUGAAGAAGCCGUGGAUAUGGACUAUGGAGACAUGGCUGUGGAUGGGGUGGAUGGUGAACAAGAGGAGGCCUCGGGAGACAUGGAGAUCUCGUUCCAUCUUGAUUCAGGCCACAAGACCAGCAGCAGAGUGAACUCAGCAAUCAAACCCGAUGAAGGAGGGACGAGGAAAAACAAGUCUGCGAAGCAGGGAGGCAGAGAGCACUUUAGGAAGGCCAAGCAGAAGCUGGGUUUCUCAGCCUCUGACCCAGAGCGCAUGUUCGUGGAGUUGUCGAAUAGCAGCUGGUCAGAAAUGUCUCCCUGGGUGAUUGGCACCAAUUACACUCUUUACCCCAUGACCCCUGCCAUCGAGCAGCGACUCAUUCUCCAGUAUUUGACCCCGCUGGGAGAGUAUCAGGAGUUGCUUCCCAUAUUCAUGCAACUCGGGUCCCGAGAGUUGAUGAUGUUCUAUAUUGACCUGAAACAGACGAACGAUGUCCUCCUUACCUUCGAGGCCCUCAAGCAUCUAGCAUCUCUCCUCCUCCACAACAAGUUUGCCACUGAGUUCGUUGCUCACGGUGGAGUACAGAAACUCCUGGAGAUCCCUCGUCCUUCGAUGGCUGCAACUGGCGUGUCCAUGUGCUUGUAUUACCUGUCCUACAACCAGGACGCCAUGGAGAGAGUUUGCAUGCACCCUCACAACGUUCUGGCUGAUGUGGUGAACUACACCCUGUGGCUAAUGGAGUGUUCGCAUGCCUCAGGGUGCUGCCACGCGACCAUGUUCUUCUCCAUCUGCUUCUCCUUCCGGGCCGUCUUGGAGCUCUUUGACCGUUGUGAUGGUCUUCGUCGCCUGGUGAACUUGAUCAGUACCUUGGAGAUUUUGAAUUUGGAGGACCAGGGUGCCCUUCUGAGUGACGAUGAAAUAUUUGCCAGCCGCCAGACUGGGAAGCACACUUGCAUGGCCUUGCGCAAGUACUUUGAGGCUCACCUGGCCAUUAAACUGGAGCAAGUGAAGCAGUCGCUGCAGAGGACAGAGGGUGGUAUCCUUGUCCACCCUCAGCCUCCGUACAAGGCAUGUUCCUAUACUCACGAGCAGAUUGUGGAAAUGAUGGAGUUUCUGAUAGAAUAUGGCCCAGCCCAGCUCUACUGGGAACCAGCGGAAGUCUUCCUCAAACUGUCUUGUGUGCAACUCUUGUUGCAGCUGAUAUCGAUUGCCUGCAAUUGGAAGACCUAUUACGCAAGGAACGACACUGUGCGCUUUGCCUUGGAUGUGCUGGCCAUCCUCACGGUGGUCCCAAAGAUCCAGCUGCAGUUGGCAGAGCCCGUGGACGUGCUGGAUGAGGCAGGCUCCACUGUCUCCACUGUGGGUAUCAGCAUUAUUUUGGGAGUGGCUGAGGGUGAGUUCUUUAUCCAUGAUGCCGAGAUUCAGAAGUCAGCACUUCAGAUUAUCAUCAAUUGUGUGUGUGGCCCGGACAACCGAAUUUCCAGCAUUGGCAAAUUUAUCUCUGGAACCCCUCGCCGAAAGCUGCCUCAGACCCCCAAAAGCAGCGAGCACACGCUGGCCAAGAUGUGGAACGUGGUGCAGUCCAACAAUGGCAUCAAGGUGCUCCUGUCCCUGCUGUCCAUCAAGAUGCCCAUCACGGACGCGGACCAGAUCCGGGCCCUGGCCUGCAAGGCACUGGUGGGCCUGUCUCGCAGCAGCACUGUCCGGCAGAUCAUCAGCAAACUGCCGCUUUUCAGCAGCUGCCAGAUCCAGCAGCUGAUGAAGGAGCCCGUGCUUCAGGACAAGCGCAGCGAGCACGUCAGGUUCUGCAAGUACGCUGCCGAGCUCAUCGAGCGGGUGUCCGGGAAGCCACUGCUCAUCGGCACCGACGUGUCCCUGGCACGGCUGCAGAAGGCGGAUGUCGUCGCUCAGUCCAGGAUCUCCUUCCCCGAGAAGGAGCUCCUCCUGUUGAUCCGAAACCAUCUCAUUUCUAAAGGGCUUGGGGAGACAGCCACCGUGCUGACAAAAGAGGCGGACCUGCCGAUGACGGCUGCCUCUCAUUCCUCUGCCUUCACCCCGGUUGCUGCUGCUGCUGCUUCUCCUGUUUCUCUUCCCCGAACCCCCCGUAUUGCCAACGGCAUUGCGCCCCGACUGAGCAGCCAUGCUGCCGUGGCUCCCGUUGCCCCCGCUGCCCCUGCCGCCCACCCUCAGCCACGGCCCCCCCAGACUGCCCUAGCUCUGCCAGGCCCGUCUUAUACAGGCAGCUCCCCCCUGAUCGGCAGGAUCAGCUUUAUCCGCGAGAGGCCGUCGCCCUGCAACGGCAGGAAAAUCAGAGUGUUGCGGCAGAAGUCGGACCACGGCGCCUACAGCCAAAGCCCCGCCAUAAAAAAGCAGUUGGACAGACACCUUCCUUCCCCACCUACGCUGGACAGCAUCAUCACAGAGUACCUUAGGGAGCAGCACGCCCGCUGCAAAAACCCAGUUGCCACCUGCCCGCCCUUCUCUCUCUUUACCCCUCACCAGUGCCCUGAGCCCAAACAGAGGCGGCAAGCGCCAAUAAACUUUACCUCCCGGCUGAACCGCAGGGCAGCCUUCCCAAAGUAUGGAGGGGUGGAUGGCGGGUGCUUUGAUAGGCACCUUAUCUUUAGCAGGUUCCGCCCCAUCUCAGUGUUCCGGGAAGCCAAUGAGGACGAGAGCGGCUUCACGUGCUGUGCCUUUUCGGCCCGGGAGCGUUUCCUGAUGCUCGGCACCUGCACGGGGCAGCUGAAGCUCUACAACGUGUUCAGUGGGCAGGAGGAGGCCAGCUACAACUGUCACAACUCGGCCAUCACACACCUGGAACCUUCCAGGGAUGGGUCCUUGCUGCUGACGUCUGCUACUUGGAGCCAGCCCCUGUCCGCACUCUGGGGGAUGAAGUCCGUGUUCGACAUGAAGCACUCCUUCACGGAGGACCACUAUGUGGAGUUCAGUAAGCACUCUCAGGACCGGGUCAUAGGCACAAAAGGGGACAUUGCCCACAUUUAUGAUAUUCAGACUGGCAACAAGCUGUUGACUCUGUUUAACCCAGAUCUUGCCAACAACUACAAGAGGAACUGCGCCACCUUUAACCCCACAGACGAUCUGGUCUUAAACGACGGCGUCCUCUGGGAUGUCCGCUCGGCACAGGCCAUCCACAAGUUUGACAAGUUCAACAUGAACAUCAGCGGCGUCUUCCACCCCAACGGCCUGGAGGUCAUUGUCAACACCGAGAUCUGGGACCUCCGAACCUUCCACCUUUUGCACACAGUGCCUGCUCUGGAUCAGUGCCGGGUGGUGUUCAACCACACGGGGACGGUGAUGUAUGGAGCUAUGUUGCAAGCAGAUGAUGAAGAUGACUUUAUGGAAGAGCGGAUGAAGAGCCCCUUUGGGUCGUCCUUCCGGACGUUUAACGCAACAGACUACAAGCCCAUAGCCACCAUCGAUGUGAAGCGGAACAUCUUUGACCUGUGCACAGACACCAAAGACUGCUACCUGGCCGUCAUUGAGAACCAAGGCAGCAUGGACACCCUGAACAUGGACACGGUGUGCCGGCUGUAUGAAGUGGGCAGGCAGCGGCUCGCAGAGGACGAGGACGAAGAGGAGGACCAGGAGGAGGAGGAGCAGGAGGAGGAGGAUGACGAUGAGGAUGACGAGGACACGGACGAUCUGGACGAGCUGGACACAGACCAGCUGCUGGAGGCGGAGCUGGAGGAGGACGACAACAACGAGAAUGCAGGGGAGGACGGGGACAACGACUUCUCGCCCUCCGACGAGGAGCUGGCCAACCUGCUGGAGGAGGGCGAGGACGCGGAGGACGAGGACUCGGACGAGGAGGUGGAGCUGAUCCUGGGCGACACGGACAGCUCCGACAGCUCGGGCCUGGAAGAUGACAUCUUCUUAUCUCUGAACGAGUGAGGGCCGCCCUGCCCACGAGUGCUGGCAGCCACUGCGCCAGGCGGCUUCAGAGCACCUCCCUGGCCUCCCGUCCAUCCGGGUGGGCCACCCGCCAGGCACCGCAGGCCGAGGGCAGGAGGUCAUGGCUUCGUCACAUUUGGAUUGGAGGGUCUUCCCAACACGUCAGGCCACAAAGUCCACAGGGUUCGGCCCUAUUUUGCUUCACCACCCCCUGCCCCCCCAAGGAUGGACAUAUAUUUCCUCAAGGGGAAAAAAAAAACAUGCCUCUGGGGCUCUUUCACAAUAUAUUUUCUUUGUACAAUGUUCUUUACUUAAAGAACAAGAAAUAGUUUUUUAUAAAACUUAAAAAAACAAAAACAGGCAUUUAUAACUGAGGGUGUGAACUCAUAUCCAGCAGGUCUCUGUCUCUGCGCCGUUUUCUGUGGGAGGAACGGCGUCUAAAGAAGUGCAGGGGCGUUUUUACACACGGAGUCAAAUGAAGAGGAAAUCGUGGUUUCUUAAAUUGAUAAGGAUGAAGACUAUUUUAUUAUAAAUAUAAUAUAUGAUUUUUAAGCCGGUAUGGCUGCCUCCUGCUGCCAGGCCCAUGCCCCCUCCAGCAGAGGGGGGGUCCUGCCAGCUGCUGGGCAACGGCGCAGGCCGUGGGCACUGUGGAGAUCGGGUCUGGGAUGGGGGGAGCUGGGGAUGUAAGUUCACUCCCUCUAUUUUUUCUUUGUCAUUCAGUUUUUCAAAAAUCUUGUUUUCUUCCCUUUCUCCCCAAUGUGGAAAUUACAAAUCAAAGGUCUUUUUCUUUAAUGUAAAGUGUAUUUAUUUAAAAAAAAACAAAAAAUAAACUACAAGUCUGUCUUUGUC